UUAACCUAUCACGGGAGACAGUGACAUUAAAAUUUUGCAGCUACUUUUACAGGUAUCAGAUGUUUGAAAUGGUUCGACAUAAGUGGUUUAUUUCAGAGGCCCAGGGGAAAGGGGAAAAAGCGGAUCCCAGCAGUGUUGCCCUUGAUGCCUUUUCUGCCUGCUCUCCUUGGGUGUCCAUAACAGUGGGCGGGGAAGUGCUGUGGCACACAGCUGUGUAUACUCUUCCUCAGCUGCUCUCCUUGGGUGUCCACAACAAUGGAUGGGGAAGUGUGGCACACACAGCUGUGUAUACUCUUCCUCACCUGCUCUCCUUGGGUGUCCAUAACAGUGGGUGGGGAAGUGCUAUGGCCCACACAGCUGUGUAUACUCUUCCUCAGCUGCUCUCCUUGGGUGUCCAUAACAGUGGGCGGGGAAGUGCUAUGGCCCACACAGCUGUGUAUACUCUUCCUCAGCUGCUCUCCUUGGGUGUCCAUAACAAUGGGUGGGGAAGUGCUAUGGCCCACACAGCUGUGUAUACUCUUCCUCAACUGCUCUCCUUGGGUGUCCAUAACAGUGGGCGGGGAAGUGCUGUGGCACACAUAGCUGUGUAUACUCUUCCUCAGCUGCUGUCCUUGGGUGUCCAUAACAAUGGGUGGGGAAGUGUGGCACACACAGCUGUGUAUACUCUUCCUCAGCUGCUCUCCUUGGGUGUCCAUAACAAUGGGUGGGGAAGUGCUGUGGCACACACAGCUGUGUAUACUCUUCCUCAGCUGCUCUCCUUGGGUGUCCAUAACAAUGGGUGGGGAAGUGCUGUGGCACACACAGCUGUGUAUACUCUUCCUCAGCUGCUCUCCUUGGGUAUCCAUGACAGUGGGUGUGGAAGUGCUGUGGCACACAUAGCUGUGUAUACUCUUCCUCAGCUGCUCUCCUUGGGUGUCCAUAACAGUGGGUGGGGAAGUGCUGUGGUGCACACAGCUGUGUACCCUCCUCAGCUGAUUUUCCAAAAAAAGGCUUCAAAAUACAGUAAGUUUCAUCUCAGUUAAAAAAAAAGAGAGAGAGAGAGAAACAGUUUUUCUGACAGAUGUGGAGCAGGGGCCUGUCUUCCCGGGCCGUGGGAGCAUCUGGAGAUGGUUUCUCCGAGAGGUCCUCAGGGCAGCAGGAGGCUGGCAGUAGCCUAGACCUGUGGCCACUUAACACAUCGUGGUCACAGCACGUCAGGUGUGGAGCCUUGGGGGAGCGUGCAGGCUUGCAGGGAACCGGUGAGCUCACAGUUCUCCCCCUGGUUGAAGGGAUGGCUCAGGUUUGCGGCACAGGGACAGUCCUGCGUGGACGGUGAGUCAGAGCUCUCGCGGGACAGCAGCUCCUGCCGGGCAGCCAGAGUAGGAAGUGUGGCUCCUGCUUUGGCAGUGAAGUUCCCUCGGGAUUCCCUGGGUUUAUACUGGUGACCCCAGGGGAGGCCGCCACAGAUUCCCCACACUGAAGGCAGAACGGCAGUGCGGUUCUGCUUCCCAGGUAGUGGCCACAUGGUGAUGCUUUGUACUUCAGGGUGCCAGCUAUACCAGACUCUGCAAAACUCAGCUGAUUGGAUACAGUGUCAUUAAAAGUUGAUUUCUACGAGGGGAGGCGUUUGUAUUGAGUAGCUGUUAUGCCUGCUAUGGACGACCCGCUUUAGAGAGAGAGGAGAGGUUCAUUCUAGGAGGCUGUUAGAAGUUUCAAACAGAGGCUUAGGUUAUAAAAAGACAUUUUUGGUGACAUGAAAGGAGGUUGAAAGCAUUCUAGGCAGAAGCUAUCGGGGGCGGCUCAUGGCACAGCCCCUGGGAGAGGCUUUGACUUUGAAAGGUGCUGUCAGCCAAUAAUUAUUAAGGUGGGUUUUGCCUUUUCUUUUAGCUUCUUGUUAGGUUAGUUGAGUUAACAGAUUAUAAAACUCAGUGGUUCUGUGAGAGGUGUAUGGAAGCCCAGAGAAAGCAAUGCCAUGGUAACUUCCUCUAAUUUUAUUUUUCUUGGUUUUGAGUGUAGAGCAAAAAAAAAAAAGUGAAGUGGUGGGGGCUUUCAAAACAAAAGUAUUUCAUCUCCUUGCGAGUUCUUCCCAGAGCUAAUUUUCGGCUUUGAAUGCCGCUUUCUCCUUGGCGUCUCACGUAGGUCAUGGCAGCCAUCUGGGUGCCGCAGCCAGGUUGAAAGGACCCACAGUAAGGAAACGCAAGCAGGAGGCGCAUUUUGUUGUGGUUAAUCCUCACCCGAGGAUAUGUCUCCAUUGAUUUUUAGAUAGAGUGGAAGGAAGAGAGGGAGAGAGAUCAAU